GCCGUCUAUCUCUCUACCCCUUUCUUCUCCCCACCGUCGCAGCGAACGAUUGGAUGAACGGUUGAUCAGUCCUUUCCGACUAUCUUCCUUCCCUCGAAUUUAGCAGAUUCGAUAAUUCUGAGAGACAUGGGGAGGGAGGCCGCCUCGUCGGAGAUCGACAACACCGUAGGCCACCUGGAGCCGAACCCGGAUGUGACGCCGGACCCUCCUCCGACGCCGCUAACGCGGCCGCCGUACCGGAGGUGGACCCCCUGGCUGGUGCCGGCGAUCGUCGUGGCGAACCUGGCCCUGUUCGCCGUCACCAUGUACGUGAACGAUUGCCCCAAGAAGAACAACUACUUGGGGAACUGCGUCGGUCUCUUCCUCGGGAGGUUCGCCUUCCAGCCUUUGAAGGAGAAUCCCCUCUUCGGGCCGUCGUCCUCAACGUUGGAGAAGAUGGGGGCUUUAGAAGUCCAUAAAUUGGUUAAUAAGCACCAAGGGUGGCGCCUUCUUUCUUGCAUUUGGCUACAUGCUGGAUUGAUCCAUGUAAUUACCAAUAUGUUGAGUCUUCUCUUUGUUGGAAUUCAACUUGAGCGAGAAUUUGGAUUUGCAAGAAUUGGCCUGUUAUACAUCAUGUCUGGAUUUGGCGGGAGUCUGUUGUCUUCUCUGUUUACUGCAUCAAGGAUCUCUGUUGGUGCCUCUGGUGCCCUGUUUGGAUUGCUUGGUGGCAUGCUUUCUGAACUUUUAACUAACUGGACAAUCUAUGCUAAUAAGUUUGCAGCAUUGUUGACCCUUAUAUUUAUUAUUGUAAUUAAUUUGGCUGUUGGACUCCUCCCGGAUGUGGACAACUUUGCGCAUAUUGGAGGAUUUGUUUCUGGGUUUCUUCUUGGAUUUAUGCUUCUAAUUCGACCCCAGUUCGGGUGGGUUAGCCGAGAGAAUGCUCUACCUAUGUAUCAUUCAACCCCAGUCAAACACAAGCACAAGAUAUACCAAUACAUACUAUGGAUCACUGCAGCCCUCCUUCUGGUUGUUGGUUUAUCGGUGGGCUAUCAGUGUAUGUCUUCGAUAUAUGCACCUUAUAAGUUCACCAUCGGCCUCGUCAUGCUGUUUCGAGGGGUUAAUGCAAAUGAUUAUUGUCCUUGGUGCCGUUAUCUAAGUUGUAUUCCUACGUCAAAAAAGAGUUGUUCAUCGUCGCCCAUUUAUUGCUCGUCAUCUCAAGAAGGGAGCAACGUGAACUUGUCAUGCGAAGGCAGCAGCAGAACCCACAGCUACUUCUUGCCGGACGCAACGGAAGCUCGAUUACGGGAACUGUGCUCCCAGCUAUGCAGUUGACGAUGCAUUUUUCGUUUCUAUUCCUCCAUUAUUUGUAGUCCAUUUUAGAUUCUUUGUACACAUGGGAAGCAAUGCUUUCUUUCUAUUAUAGGGUGUUGCUUUGUGUGGCCCCAUUAAUUUACGGGUCGCUUCAAUCCAAUUAGAUACCUGUAAACAUCGAAUAGCUGUGAUGGAAACAAUGCUCUUUGCGUGAUCGACAAUUAAACGAAUGAAAGGAACUAUAAAGCUUUGAACUUA